CCUAUAUAGUCUUGGUUUUGUGCGCAGUACUGUGUAUUGGUUCCAAUGAAUAUAAAUAUUAUGCAAUAAAGCGGCUUAAAUAUACUGAAUUUAAGAAAAGAAGGGCAUAAUGUGAAUGUAACUAUGGUGAAUAAUCGCGUGUAAUUGCUUGACAAAUAAGUGUAUAUCAUUUGAAAGUUCUGUUUACGGAAACUGUACAUUUUCAAUCUCUCUUUCGCGGGUUCUACAGUUUCUUUUCAUCAACGAGAAAUGUCAAAAUGGCGUCUUCUCAGGACGCUUGGUAUCUAUCGCUAUUAGGUUUAGCUGAAAAUUUUCGCACUUCUAAUCCGCCAAAUAUAAAAUCAUGUAUACAGUGCCUCCAAGCAGUUUUCAACUUCAGGCCACCUCCCAGGGUCGAAGCAAGAACGCAUUUACAACUUGGAAAUAUAUUGCUUAUACAUACAAAAAACAUUGAACUUGCUCGUUCUCAUCUUGAGAAAGCUUGGAGGCUAAGUCAAAAUAUAAACACAUUCGAUGACGUCAAGUUCGAGGCAGCAAGUGUUGUUGCUGAAUUGUACGAUCAACAACAACAGUCGAAUUUGAGUAAACCAAUUUUAAGGAAGGCCAUAGAACUGUCACAGCACAAUGUCUACUGGCAUUGUAGACUUAUUUUUCAAUUGGCGCAAAUCCACGCGUCGGAAAAAGACUUUGUCGUGGCAAGCAGUCUGCUUGCAGUUGGUGUGGACUAUUCUCACAUAAGUAGUGCUAAUUAUACUCGAGUUUUGUUUCUAUUAAGUAGAUGUAUGCUCAUGUUAAUAGACAAAAAGAUUGUGGAAGUGCAUCCACUGUUAACCUCAGCCGGUCAUCAAGUUGAAAAUUGGCAAGGUAGUUCCUACCAAAAAGAAUAUCUUAAAGUCUACUACUUGGUUCUACAAGUUUGUCAUUUCCUAAUGGCUGGGCAGGGAAAGAGUGUUAAACCUUGUCUGAAGCAACUGCAACAAAGUAUACAGACAAUCAUUUCCCCAAAUUGGCCCUCAGACGAAGUCAUAACCGGCUCGAACAUUGGUGACAUGUUUAUUUGGAUGCCAAAGGAACACUUGUACGUUCUAGUUUAUUUGGUAACUGUUAUGCAUUCAAUGCACACAGGUUACAUGGAGAAAGCACAGAAGUACACUGACAAAGCUCUCACGCAGAUUGAGAAACUUAAAUUUGUGGAAAACAAACCAAUUCUUUCUGUCUUUCAACUAAUGUUACUCGAGCACAUAGUGAUGUGUCGACUGGUUAUGGGAAAUAAGAGUACGGCCCUUGCAGAGAUUUCGCAAGCUUGUCAACUUUGUAGGCAGCAACCAAAAUUACUUCAGGGACAUAGACCUCAGCUGCAUACGCUCAUUGGCUUGUAUGCAAUGUCGAUGAACUGUAUGGAAGCGGCGGAGGCUCAGUUUUUGGCGGCGUUACGAGUGAGCAGUACGACAGAACGAGAGUUACAAACAUUUGCCAAUUUAAAUCUCGCUAUAGUUUAUCUUAGAACAAAAAGGGAUCAGGAAUUAGGGACUCUCUUGGAAAGAAUUAAUCCUGAAUCUUUACCAUCACACUCGCAUUCCUUAAGGGCGGCGGCAUAUUAUGUUCAAGGACUUCAAGCAUUUUUCGGUGCUCGCUACAAUGAGGCAAAGAGGUACUUGAGGGAGACGUUAAAAAUGGCAAAUACAGAGGAUUUGAACAGGUUGACUUCGUGUAGUCUUGUUCUUCUUGGACACAUAUUUCUUUCUCUGGGCAACAAUCGGGAGUCAAUGAAUAUGGUGACGCCGGCAAUGCAGUUGGCUUCCAAAAUUCCCGAUGUCCACGUACAACUUUGGGCGACUGCAAUUCUUAAAGAUUUAUACAGACUUUGUGGGGAACCAACAAGAGAGAAUGAUGCUUACCAAAUGCACUGUAAUUUCUCUCAAACGCUGCUGAAGGAUCAUUUCCAAAGUACACAAAUGAGUGAGUACGCGCUCAUUCAAUGGACUGAAGGACCAGUGCCUGUUUUACCCAACAAUCCUCCUCCUUCCACUUCUCAAGCGAUUCUUUAACCCGAAUAAAAAAAUUCUAUUCCCUCAAAUUUACUUAAAUAUUCCAAAUGUUCCGUUGAAUCGGUUACUCUUGGGGAAAAUGAAAAUUUAUUUUCAUUCUUUGGGAAAAAGAAAAAAAAAUUCAUUUCGUAAUGAGUCAUUUUUCAUAGAAACGUCACUGAGAUACAUUUUAACUGAGAAAAAAGGAGUGAAAGAGAGAGAGAGAGAGAGAGACCACAUAUUUUGACAUCCGUUUGUAGUACGGUGAUCCAUUUUUUACAAAAAGAAAAAUAGUUUAGCGCAAUAAUGUGCUGUAAAAGAAAUCAAAUAUAAAAGAUCGGUUUAUUUUUCUUUUUUGCUAUUCUAUGUUUUAUAAUUAUACGUAUUGUUUUUUUUGAAAAAGUAUCAAACCAUUCAGUCAUUCAUUAAGAGUUUGUUGAGGGGAUGAAAAUUAUUUAAUUGCUUCUUCGAGUAGAUUAUUACAAAAUUUAUUAAUAACUAUUUUAGUCAAUCUUUUUUCAAACUCCAGCCUCGGCAAAAAUUUAUUUGACAGAUUUCGAAAAUCGAAUUUCGACGAAAUUCUUAGUGACAAAUUUGUAGUAGAAAAAUACUAAUUCUAAUUAGUAUUCUAAUUAGUAAACUUUACUAAUUUACUUUGUACUUUUCUACUACCAGUUCGUUACUUUCAACUUGAAACAGUUGCUAAUUUAUUUAAUAAAUAAACUGUUAUUUAUUAAUAUUUAAACUGUUCAGUUAGUCAAGAGUGACUUUUUUCAUUUAAAAAUGAAGAAAUUAAUGAAAUUAAAUUAUAAAUAAAGAAGGUAAAGAAUAUUUUGUGAUGGAUUGGUUGUUUUGAUUUUGAUUGAUAUUUUUGUCAUGAACUAAAUUUCCCAACUAAGUAAAAAUAGAUUUUGUUUAGAAGCAAAAUAUGAUCGUUAGUAUACUAGAUUCUAAUUAGUAAAAAUUUUAAAAGUGAGACUGCUUAUUUGAGAACAAUAACUCCCAAAUAAGCAGUCUCAAAUAGCAGAAAACCUGAUAUAUAUUCUUUUGAAAAAAAACGUAUUUAUUAAUACGUUCAGUAGAAAAUGUGGUUAAUAUAACUAAUACGUCUUAUUUUUAAAAAUUACUUUUACAUAAUCAUAAGUAAUCGUUUGAUGUUUUGAUAAAAUUGAA